AUGUAUCCUAGAUACACAAGAGGCAUUAUAUUUGUUGUGAUUGAUUUCCUAAUUCUUGUUCAGUCUGAGACUAUAGCUGAAAAUUGCAUCAUCUGUCUGGAUGGUAAGAAGGACAAUGACACCAGUCCAGAGAGAGAAGGAGAGGAAAUUGAAAAACCUGAGGAUCUUGAUUCCUCAAAAGAUCCUACCUCAGUCGCCGACGCCGAAAAUGAAAAGCCAGAUUCCAUGUACAAAAAGAUGCAGCCUCGAAGACCACAAAUCCAAGAAACGGCCAAGAAAACCAAAGAUGGUGCUCUGGCAACCCUCUUCCAGAAGGCUGGUGCUUUUAUGAAGAAGUUCUCUAUACGUAAUCUGAAAAUGGGGUCUAUCUUGGAUCUUCUAGAGAUUCUUGGCCUUGACGAGAGUCAGGAAAAGAUGGCCGAGGUCAUCAGAACAAUAAAGGAUCUGAUCGACAACAAGCCGUGUUUCAACCCGUAUCAGAUGACGGACGACCAACUGAGGACGGAGCUGACCGAGAGGGGGAUGAGGGCAGAGGGGACCCGGGAACAUAUGAUCAACUCCCUCACCACGCCAUCCAACUCCUGUCCUCUCAUGAAGAUCUCCAUGCCUAACAACAUCUACUGUACAUUUGACGACAAAUGUCUUGGGUUGGAAUGCUGCGUACAUUUCAAACUCUUUGUGUUCCGAAAAACCUAUAAAAUAUAUUCAAGAUUUGACCCCUGCGAUUUGACAUUUUCUGUCGGUGCUGGGAAGUUCAACAAGUCGUUUGGAAUUGACGGUGACCUGAAGGAUAUAUAUGCAGGACUGGAGAAAACUUUUCCGACGAAUGUAAAACUGGAUAUCUUAGGAGGAAUAGAGCUGGUCAUUAAAGUGAAGCUGGAGAAGGAUGACACUGCUGCUCUGAUCACAGUGGCGGCCGGCUUCUGUUCCCAGGAUGACCACGAGAACUGCAUCGCAUUCUUCAACAUCCUGGACGAGUUUCUGACACCACUGCCAAUAUGUCAUCCAGACGGCUCAAUAACCUGGCCAGAGGUUGAUUACAGGGGUCUGUUUGAUAAGGAAUCAAUUAAGAGACGAAUUCGUGAAAGUGCCAAAGAGUUUGCCAAAGAUGCUAUAAAUAAGGGCAUUGAAGAACUACUUGACUUCAUCCCGUGCAUAUCCCCUGAUGCUCCAGGCAAGACAGAUCCCUGUCCCAAACCUGAGGCCCUGACUCGGGAUAUCCUCAAACAGAAACUCCAGCAUCGGGGAUUGCAGAUCACAGGCACAAGACAGGAACUGGAGCAGAGGCUCAGAGUUGGACACAAAACUUGCAGACUGCUGAAUAGGACAGUGACACUCCCAACAAUAACAAACGAGAAGAUCAAUAAGAUCGUUUACAUGGAGAUAGCCCCGGACUGUCUGCGGUUUGAUGCGUGUGUUGACAUUAAGAUCAAGAAGCUGAAUUUCAACAAGGCCGUCAAUGCUUACAUACAACUUGACCCUUGUAAAUUCAAAAUGACCAUCAACUUUGAAGACUGCACUACGAGAUUAAUACUGCUGGGAUACGACUGGGGCAAAGAGAAGACCACUAAACUGAACGACUGGGUUUCCAUAAGAUACACCAUUGACAGAAGUGAAGCAAGGAAGGUGUUUGUGAUUGACUUGGGUCUGCAAAUAAGUGUUGGAGCAUCGGAACCGAUUCUGGAUAGUUUGUUGAUAGAAAAACUAGAUGUACCUAUUCCCAUUUGUAAUGAAAACUUCUCUCUGCCGGGAAGCGGAUCUCUGAAGAAGCUUGCGGAGGAAAUGGGAGGAAAGCUAAUCAGAGAAGUUGUAGAUGUGGUGUUUCGAAAACUUGGACUGGAUAAGGUUCUGUUAAACGGAAGCUGUGCAGCAUUAACACCCAAACCAGACUGCCCUUGGUCCCUCCCAGACUACAAGAAGCUCCUACUCGCCAGUUUCCGGGACAACGUCAACUGUAAACUGCCGGACAACUGUUUCGGUGUAGAGUGCUGCGUGGACUUCUCCUUCGACAUCCCGCUGUUUGAGACCCCCCUCGUCAAGCACGUCCCCUUCUUCCUGAAGUUUGAGCCGUGUAACUUCACUGUGGAGGUCGGCUUCGGGAGCUACUACCAUAAGGAAAGACUGUUGGCAUACAACUGGGGGACUGAAAAUCAACAGCAAAUAGGUAAUGGCAACCCAUCUCCAGUGAUCAUCAAAUUCACGAUCUCCAAGUACCCCAAAGGUUUCCUCGUUGACCUGAGUGUCCACACGUGUAUCCCUAUAGAUGGUGACAGCUUCUGUUACCCAGAAGGAGGCAUGACGCUAAUGAAUCAGGAGAAGGUACCUGCCUGUGAUGCUAAUGCGCUGGUCGAGUUCACAAAACAAAAUUUCUCAGUUUCUGAUUGGCUGCGUGACCUUGACCUUGACAUCAACCUGAAGUCCCUCUCCCAGGCAGCUGCCAGGAUGCUACUGGACAAGUUCGGCAUCUCCGAGUACCUGCUGGACCAGAGAUGUGAUGUGUCUAGACCACCAUACAGCCCCACUGUUGACGGCUGGUGGAAUGAAUGCCCCAAGAGUAUUGGCAAGCUGCCCAAGCUUCCAACAAAUCUGUACUGCCACCUAGCGGACACGUGCACCAAGAUAAACUGCUGUUUCCACGUCCCCUUUCUGGAGAUGUCCUUCAACGCCGUCCUCAACGUCGAAAUGUGCGACUACGUCAUUUAUGCUGCCAUCGAGAACAAAACUACCACCAUAGGAAUGUUAGGGGAUGAUAUUGACCUUGAUGCUGGUACAUCAAAGAUGCUGGACAUCGCCGAUGUCUUCCAGAUCAAAUUUGGUUUGAAGAAGAAAGACAAGGUUCUGCUCCUUGAUCUUGACAUCGAGGUGUGCUUGGAGAAGGAUUCCUGCCUCUUCUCCAUGCCUAUUAUGAAGGGAACCGAAGUUCCACAGCUUGUCUGCGACCUUGAUGCCAGGUGGAAUCUAAAGAACUUCAGUAUAUCAGACUGGGCCAGGGCCAGGGGACAGGACUUGACCAAGGGUCUAGCACGGACAGCUGUGAACCUUCUGUUGGAACAGCUGGGUAUCAAGGACAAGAUGCUGGAUCCACCCUGUAACCGCAGUAGUCUCAAGUACCAGCCAGCUGAUGCGGGCAACUGGAAGAAUGACUGUGACUUGGGCGGAAGCGCUAUCACCCUCCCAGCAAUAACUCUCCCCGCCAACUGCCACAUCAACGACAAAUGUCUUGGGAUAGACUGUUGUCUCCAUAGCAACGUACUUGACCUGUCUCUUCACACUGCUUUCAACAUUGACCUCUGUAACUACCUUAUUGAAGGCUCCAUUGAGAAGUUCAGCUUUAAGCACAGCAUUCUGAACUCUAUCUGGGGAAGAGAAGAAGUAAUUACAUUCGAUGGUGUUCCUCUUCUCAAACUGAGGUUCAAGAUUGAUCGGCUUCUGUACCAGCAAGUGUUCAUUGUGGAUCUGUCUGCGAGUCUGUGUCUGGAGGGAGAUGACUGUGAGCUGGAUCUGAAGGUGCUGGAUCAGACACGACUUCCCAUGCCAGGGUGUGCCAAGUUCCAGGGAUUCAAACUACAAAAUUUCUCUCUGAGUGAGUGGCUAAGGGAAAAGGGUAGUAAGAUCACAGCUCAGCUGUCAGCAGUCCUGCUGGAAGAGCUCGGUAUCAAACAGUUCCUACUGGACAGACCGUGUCAGGACUACCUGGAACCGUACAGGGGCGCUGUGGGAGGAUGGAACAAUGCUUGUCCUGAGAACAUCACCCUGCCAGCUCUGCCUCCCAACGUCUUCUGUCACGUGACCGACUACUGUACCGGGGUCACGUGUUGUGCCAAGGUGUCACAGGUCAAACGGAACUUCAAUGCCUACCUCUUCCUGGACUCCUGUAACUACAACUUAAGAGUCGGUAUUGAGAAGCUGGAGUUCAGUCAUACACUGUUUAACUAUACAUGGGGUGAAACAGAAGUUAUUGAUCUUGGAGGACUUGUACGAAUUGAAUAUACCAUCAACUCGGGUCAGAAGAAGUUCCUGGUGAACCUGAGCCUGAAGGUGUGUCUGACUGCUGGAGAGGAGUGUCAGUUUACCUUCCCUGUGUUCACAGACAUGAUCCUACCUAAACCAUUCUGCGACUGGAAGGCCACCACACAGCUACAAAGUGUCUCCUUUGAUUUUUGGAAGUCUGAAAAAUGUGCUCUGCAAACUUCCGCUUGUCCGGCAUCCCUCCCUGCUGCCAUCUCGAGCACCUGCCGACUGACUGACAACUGCAUGGGAAUCACGUGUUGUGUGGACGUCGACCUCAAGUACCUCGGCAUCUACACCAUCACUGCUGGCAUCGAGGUUGACCACUGUAAAGACCAACUUGUGUACCAUAUAGAGAACAAAGAGUGGAUGAAGAAGCUUCAGGCUGUGGACUAUGACAAAAACCACACUGAGCCAGUUGGCAACGCCAUCACAUUGAGCUACGUGAUCAGCAAAACGCCAUCCUUAUAUGAGGUGUCCUUCCACGUGAAGGUCUGUGCUAUGAACGGGCACGACCUCACCAACAACUGCUACUACUACAAACUCCUGGAUGAAAAGACAUUCCAGAUGCCAUCUUCAUGUUCGCCUGUUGGACGAAGAAGGAAAAGAAGAAGCCCUUUAGAUUUAAUACCAACAGGCGAUGCCAAGCGGAUCCUCAAUGAAGCGAUGAAACAGAAUUUCACGAAUGAAGAAAUCAAGGAUCUGUUUGAUAGACUGAAGGCUGAAGCAAAAAGAGACAGCUCACUGAAAAUAUCACGCACGGAUGAAGAUGGCACAGCAACCAACACUAAGAGUGCCAUCAAGAAGAUGGGUUUAGCCAACCCAGGCACCAUUCUGUACUCAGGGGAGGUCGGCGGUGGAAACGUCGUGCUGGGCAUGGAAGGAGGCGAGAAGAUCAUGAAGGUCCUGGGUCAGGUCACCGACAUCCUGGGUCGCGGGGAUCAGGCGUACACUGUGGGGAAAGGUCUGACUGGGAAAGGACUGCAGCUGCUCGGUGCUAAACUUGCCAACAUGAGCAUCGGGGAGAUGAUCGCAUUGUUUGAUGCCAAGAACAUCGACCCUGAACUUGCUCUACGUCUGACGAGACAACUGAGAGAUCUGGCUCUUGCCCUGUAUUCCGAAAUCAUCAAUGCCGUCAUCAAUGGCGAUGGGGCCAACGCAUUCAGCUCAUUUGACAUUACCCUUCAAGGAGACUUCAGCAUACCUAGACAAAGCAUCAACUUCUUCCGCUACAAGUAUAAGUUCCUGAUUGGGGGACUUGUCCCCAUGAACUUUGAAUUCGGAGCUGGAGCCACUUAUGGAAUGGGAAUAGUUGCAGGAGCUAAGAUCCUUGGCAUGACGGUGUUUGGUCAAGUCGUGCCCUAUGGAAGUGCCCAUGUCUACGGAGAGCUUGGCAUUGGAUUAAUACUGUAUGGCAAACUGAGAUUUGACGGCUACCUCAUGAAUAUUGCUUUCCCAUCCAGGGCUGAGAUAGGGUUCUAUAAGUUUCCACUUAAUUUAAGUUUGACCAUGGAUAUAGAACUGGUCCCUCUCGAGAUGACCCUGCGAGGUCUAGUCACCCUGGAGGUCAACCUCUUGUUAGAUAAGAUCAAGAAGAUAUUGUACAAGGCUGUCAUCUGGCGAUAUGCGACUCCUGUGAUAAGGAAGAGACUGAUAAAUACAGGCAAGAAGGAGGAGGACACGUCUCCACCACAGUUCCUCAACUAUGUGGACAAUACUGGAGGUUCUGGACGAAAGAAGAGGGCAGUGUCCACAUCAGGGAGCUGCUUAGUGAGACAACUCCCCGAUAGAGACUACUCAGAGCCGGCUGUAGAGAUAGCCAUAGCUGCCCAGGAUGACCGGAGUCAGGUCCAGAUCUUGUUGGAUGCUGGGACCAAACCUGGACUCAGUGAUGUGCUCAGAAGAGUCAGUCUUGGUGGACCAUCUACAAUUAUCACUCAGCGAUUUUCCAAGAAUGGCUAUGGCGUCCCCAUCUUUUUCACUGUGUAUGGUGAGAACAGUGCUGGCGCGAGAUCCACCGUGACUUGCAGCAUCCCAACCUAUGACGUCACGCCUCCUGGUGGCAGACUUACAUCAGACUUCAGUUCAACUAGUAACCCAGCUGAGCUGAGAGGAAAUGUGGUGGUGUAUGAAGAUUCAGAUCUGAUUAAAUCUUCCGUGGGUGUUGGACUGGGAAGGGGAAUCUAUGGAGAUGAAGUCAUAGCCUACAACUCUGUCAAUCUCAAGGACAGGACCAAUGCACACUAUGACCCUUCAUCUGAUAAUUUUGGCCACGAAGCGCUGAAACAUUUCACGGGUCUGAAGGACGGCCGACUGAUUGGUCCGGUGUUUGCCGAGUUCUUCAGUAUGAAUCAUGCCGGGUCCUGUGUGAAGGAAUGUAUGAAGUUCCCGGAGACCAAGUGUAUGAGCGUCAACUACGACUACGGCCCUAAAGGACAUUGUGAACUAUUAGAGGGCAUUGAAGGACACGACCAUAAAAUUUUCAUUUCUGAUCAGUAUGCUCACUUUGAGAGACUUGGAGUUGGUCUUGCCCACGAGUUCAUCUACAAGGAUCUGUCUCUACGUCAUGGUGUCAUGUACUACUUCAACAUCCACCUCAUCAACGACCUUCAGUUCGAGUCCAUCCUCCAUAGCAAGGGUGUUGUGGUGGAUGUCACACCUCCCGAGCCAGGUCCACUGGCUAAUGUGAGUCUGGAUGUACUGGAGGUGACCUCGUGUGAGAGUGUGGUUCCAGAUGACAGACCGGACUGGGAAGUCAGGUGUCGAGGUGUUAACAGUCAGAUAAAGAACCACAGGAUAAUUCAUGACGGCACUGGGUCAAAAACCCUUUUCAAUGGAGACACACCCCUCGCCGAUCUCUUGUACACCAGAGCAAACAGAUACGUAUCAGCUAACUGGGACGGCAUCAUGGAUAAAGAGACUGGCAUCCUUGGCUACUCCUGGACCGUGGGGAGACAAAUCUGUGAGGAGCUGAUCCACCCUCAUCAUGACCCUCACAGGCACCUGUUUGACGAAUCAGAGUGGACCAACACUGGCCUCAUUUCCCCAAUACCAGCUCCUUACGACCCCCUCCCAGAUGGGAAAUACUAUAUCACACUCCGUGCCUUGAACAAGGUUAGCUAUGGAGGUCCGCUGGGGACAACAAUCUGCCACACCACGCCCCUUGGAAUAGACAACUCGCCCCCCCUCCUACAUGAAAUCUAUAACAUCUCCUACGCCGAAGAAACCUUCUUCAUCAAUGCACAGUAUAAUGCCAGUGACCCAGAUUCAGACAUCAAAGAAGUGGACUUGUGUCUGGGACAGACCACACGUGACUGUCAUCACAUGGACUGGCAGAGAUCUUCGCACAGUGAAGGCUACAUCACCCGUCAGUUCCAGAUCCCAGGUGGAACUCCUGUCUGGAUUAAAGUCAGGGUGAUCAACAAUGUUGAUUUGAUGAAAGUGAGCGUUUCCGACCAUCCGAUCAUAGUCGACACAUCACCCCCUGAACCAGGCAUUGUUUAUGAUGGACCCGUCUUCAGACUUGACCUCAACUUUACCAAGGAUGCUGACAAGAUUUGUGCAAACUGGUUUGGGUUUUAUGAUCCCGAGUCUGGUAUUUCCCACUACGAGUUGUCGGUUCUUGAUGACACAAACACAACGAUCUCCGAGCCGGUCAGCCUUGACCACAAGACACACGAGACCUGUGUCCAGCUUGACCCUGACAAGAGGCUCGAACACGGCAAGGCCUACAGCUUCUAUAUCACCGCAUUCAACGCUGGUCACAAACAGCUUUACGUAUCGGCAAUGUCUGAUGGAGUGAUCGUGGACCUGACUCCACCGGUGCUGGGUGAAGCUGUUGACGGUAUACGGAACGGCUUUGACGACGUUGAGUUCAGUACCAACGUUGCCACAGUAGGAACCCAGUGGAGGAACCACAGUGACCCCGAGUCAGCCAUCAGAGAAUAUGCAGUACAGAUACUCAGAGCAAAAGGGUUGUCGUCAGACUUUGAGGUAGUAAAGGACUGGAAGACUCUGGACAAAGACGUCAGCCAGAUCGAGUGGCACAACUUCCACCUGAACCAUCAGGAUGUUGUCAAGACGACGCUGAAAACCAUCAACAACGCCCUGGGGACUGUAGAACAGACAACAGAUGGGUUUGUAGUGGAUCUCACUCCGCCCAGGAUGGUGUUCCUAGGUGAUGGACGUGAACAGAACAAAGAUGCGGAGUUCCAGCUAUCUAGCACAACUGUGGAAGCCAACUUCCAGUUUAAAGAUGACGAAUCUGGGUUGGACCAUUACAAAUACCAGGUGUAUGAGCUUUACCAUGGGUCAAAACAUCAGAUCUACCCGGGCUCAGAAGGUUGGGAGAUCACCAGCGACCCAGGCAGCACCAGUGUCAUGAAGUCUGGCUUGAGUCUCCGACCAGGCGCCCAGUACAGUGUGAGAGUCGGGGCCGUCAACAGAGCCGGGGCCGUCGCCAUCUACGACACAAACGGUGUGCUUGUUGAUAAUACUCCACCUCAGAUGAAAUGGGUCUACGUUGGCAUUUUCUCUGGCAAUGAAGAAGAGUUUAUAGACGGCUACAUUAUCCAGUCUGACCCUAGCGGUAUCAAGGCCACCUGGUUUGCCAUGGACAGUGAGAGUGGCAUCAAGUCGUACAUGGUGGCCAUUGGAACCGCUCAAGGCGGAACUGAUAUCCUAAACUGGAAGGACUUUGGUUCUGACAGAGACAAAUACAUGGACGAGUUGACCUUGACCGUGACCGACCUUGACACGAUGACCCCAUUUUACUAUGUGUCUGUGAAGGCGAGCAAUGGAGCCGAUCUGACCAGUGACGUCAUCACAUCAAACCCCAUCCUGGUGGUUGACCAGGACAAGGCAGGUAUUGUCAUCGACGGCGCCGACUCAACCGAGAGAGCCAACUUCAUGGGCAUCGGUAGCGACAUUGACUACCAGAAAGACACGGGAGUUGUGACGGUACAGUUUGCUGGGUUUGAGAGCCACGAGCACGGUCUGACGUACUAUGACUGGGCGGUAGGCACGACACCUGGUGGCGAGGAGGUGCAACCGUUCAUCAUGGCGGGUCUCAUACAUGAAGAAUCAGAGACCAAUGUUCCUGGAAAUGGUAUCGCCAGCAUGGGGUUUGGCCAGGCUGUUCUACCGCUGUCAUCCGGCAGGACAUACUACACCACAGUCCGCGGCAUCACCAACGCAGGCAACAUCCUGGAAUCUACGUCAGAUGGAUUUACUGUUGAUAUUACGCCUCCUGAAAUCCACAUCGAAAGCUAUGGUUCUGAGAACAACCAGAGCAGACUAACCCCUACCACGACACUGUACCAGACUGAGGUGGACUCCAUCUCCUCCUCCUGGAGGGCUGCAGACAGUGAGAGUCCAGUCAAGAAGAUGUACUACUCUGUGGGGACCUACCCCCACGGGGAGGAUGUCCAGCCCCGGACUGACGUGGAGAUCCUGCUGACCGGCGAGGGGGCUUUACCCACUGGCAUCAAACCCACAACUGAUGGAAAACCAAACAUUCUGACUCUGACAGCCGAAAAUGAACUGGGGUUGUCUGCUAGCAUUAUCUCCCCUUAUCUUGUGGUGGACACCUCCUCCCCAACAGAGGGGGUGUUGACAUGUCCAAGCUUCAUUCAGCCGAGAUCUGCCGUGGAGUGCACAUGGACAGGGUUCUACGAUGCCGAGAGUCAGGUUGUAGAGUUUGAGUUUGCUGUAGGCUCCCAUGAGGGGCUGGAGGACGUCGUAGCACCUGUCAAACUGCCGGGAAAUGCUGCCAAACAUCUAGUCUCAGGCUUAGCUGAUAAGGUGACACAUGGUCAGAGAUACUACGCCAAGGUCAAGGCCAUCAACCAAGUGGGAAUGACGUCAUCUAGCAUCUCCAACGCCAUCAACGUGGACACCACACCCCCAUCGCCGGGCACUGUGGUUGAGUUGAAGUCUGUCUACAUCAUCAACGUCACCGACGAGAUCAUCACCGAGAAACUCAACACCUACAAGUGUGACACACAGGAAGACUGCCUGGCUAUAGACGCGGUGUGCCAGGAGUCUCUGUCCACUGUCAACGUGGCCUGGCAGACCUUCGCUGAUGACGAGACGGAGAUAGUCAAAUACGAGAUAGCUGUUGGCACUUCACCUGGAGGGGGCCAGCUAAGGGUUUUUUUUGAGACUGAUGACGUUACAAAGAGAUACCUGUCAGUCACGGGCCUGAUACUGAAGGGAGUGAGACAGAUAUUUGUGACAGUAAAAGCUACCAAUGGAGCUGGCCUCAGCACAAUAUCCACGUCUAACGGUAUCUACAUGUCCUACCUCAGUCAGGGCUUGGAGCCGCUCACUCAUGUUGGAAUCUGGGAUGGCGACAGUCACGAUGGAGACCUUGAUUUCCAGACAAGUCUGUCCCGAAUGGGGGCCAAGUGGGACGUGUCAGGUGACCCGUGUCCAGUGGUCAAGUAUGCGUGGGCAAUACAAAGGGCUGACGGUCUGAGGGUCCAGGAGUACUUCAAUACAGAAGGAAGAACUCAUGGCGACAACGACCAGCUGAGCCUGAAAAACAUGGAACGCUACUACCAGUACCUACGUGUGACCAACGCCAUGGACUACACCUACACCAUCAGGUCGAACGGCAUCACCAUCGAGGAUGACCCCCUGGUGCCUGGACAGGUCAAUGAUGGAGAUGUCGUGGGAUUUGACCUUGAGUUCUUCCGAACUAAAAGUAAAGUCAGCGCCAACUGGGAUAAGUUUGGCAGUGAUGGCAAUGCUGACGACGUGUCAACUGGAAUAAAAGCUGAUGAGGACAAAGAGAAAUCUUCCAACCAGGAAGUCGCUUUCUACGAGGUUGCUGUUGGAACUGACCGCCGUUUCCCCAAAACACGUGACAACGUUGUACCGUUUGUCAACGUUGGCCUCAACAAGACUGUGACCUUUUACGACCUUGACCUCACCCCCAUCACGGCAAUGUAUUACUUCACUGUGAGAGCACACAGCCGCUCCGGGUCUAGGACUGACGUCACGUCCAAUGGCUUCUCUAUUGGCUUUGAUGGAGGAGUCUCCGCUGGUUUCAUCGACAUGAAGGAAUUUGUCAAUACUAACACUUCCGUAGAUGUACCUUGGGACGGGUUCGGAUCCAAGAUCGGCAUGAUGAUGUACUACGUGGGCCUGUCCAACAACACGGAGGCUGGCAACUUUAGAUGUGGACAGUUUACUGAAAGAGGCUCCAUCACUGACGAUGAACGACAAGGUAUUUUCAACAUUGUGGACCUGCAAAAUGUCGGGAAGGACACAUUCAUGAAGUUUGAAAUUCUGUCUCUGGAGCAGAAUGGUGUCUACUAUGCUUGGGUUGUCGGUGCAGACAAGGCCGGAGAGUGCAACGUGACUAGUCACAUGUUCCAGGUAGACGUCACACCUCCUGUCAAAGGCAGGAUCAGAACAGGGCCCUAUUAUGACAUGCAACUGAGUUACACGGCGAGCAGUGAGAGUCUUCAGACCUACUGGACAGACUUCAGUGAUGAAGACUCGGGCAUCCGCUGCUACCACGCAGCCCUGCUGAAGAGAGCCUCCUGUGACAAAGACUCGGCGGAAGAAACUGUCGUAGAUUCCAUAGAGAUUGAUGUAAACUACACAUCUUAUAAAUUCAUGGGCAUCACUAUGCAGGGCAACCCUCCCUACUUUGUGCGUCUCGUGGCGGAGAACUUUGCUGGUCUCAAGUCGACAUUAGACUCUCCGCCAGUGCUGUACGACAACUCCCUCCCCUCCUCCGGCCUCGUCAUCGACGGACAUGACUUCACUCACGACAUCAGCUGGAGCGGCUCUGCCAACACCGUCACAGGCACAUUCCUACACCACCCUGUGCCCGACGUGUCUCCAUGUCCUGUCAGACUGGUCACAUUUGAUGACUCGGAGUGGAAGUACCUGGAGUCAGACCGGUACUACGACAGCAACAACCGUAGCUUGACCUUGACCUACAGGUCAGCCAACGUCCAUCCCGAGUCCGGCAAAGUGGACAUCAAACUGUCCCGAGACACCAAGACUGACACCAUGUUUUCUGGAACCUACUUCAGAGAUGCUGACCUUGUCAAUGGCGGGGAGUAUAAGCUAUCUAUCCGAGCUGCAGCAGGUGAUGGUCAGGCGGUCACCAGUGUCCUGUUCUGGGACGGCCCAGAUGACUACAUCCUGGACUAUGACUACACACCAAGACCGGACUGGACCGAGUCUGUCUGUGCCUGUUGCAGGGUGGAACCUGUUAAUGCAUCCUGUACGUGCAACUGUGAUUCUUACCUACAAGCGGAGAGGUACUACAAGAACAUCAUCAAGAGAUCUGUGGAUGAGGAUGAUCCUGGCUACGAGGUGAAGAAGCUGACGGACGAGGAAAAGAAGAAGCUUCAAGAGACAGGAUCCAUCACUGGCAAGACUGAUAUCGGGAAUCCUAAUCUUAACCCAAGGAAGGCAUGUGGAAUACAAUUAUUUGGAGGUACAGCAGCCAAGUUAGUGGCAUGGUGUGGUUACGGAGACUACCUCAACGAACCUGUAGAAGCAGUGAAAGAUCUUCAACAAGACCCCUCCAGAGAUUACCAUCAGUACAUUGUCAAGUUCACUACACAGAGGGACGAAGCAAGGGGAUCAGAGGUUACCUGGUGCAUGGCAGUCUUCAUAGACGGGGAUCUGCUGACGGAGCAGUGUGGAAUACCGCGUCUCUCUGUUGACACCAACCUCUUCCUGGGAGUAUGGAAUCACAAGAACUAUAUUCCUGACACUGAACGAGAUUCGGAAGGACACUUAAAAGUUUGGAGUGCUACGGCUUCAUUUCGUGACCUGGUGAUGCCAGCUGACAAGGAGAAGUUGUGUCGCUAUGGCAACCAUUUCCAAGGAGGCAACAACGCCAUUGUUCGGUAUGAGGCAGGAAUCGGGUCAGCUUCCGGUCUCUCUGAUGUAGUGCCGUACCAGCAGGUACAUACUCCGUGUAUCCCCUGCCUUACACCCUGUGACAUGUACACAUGUGACCCAGCUUGUGACAGCUCAUCAACAGACCAGGUCAAGAUCACCCUCAACGACCUUAACCUUACAGAAACAACAGUCGUGGAGGGAGAAGUAGUCCCUGUAUUGUACUACCUCACAGUGAAAGCUGUCCUUGGGUCUGGAACAGAGGCCGUAUCGUCAUCUGACGGCUUCAACAUCGACACGUCACCACCACUGUUCGACACCGACGUCAUGCUCUACAUCGACGUCACCCAGGGCAACUUCACCCCUGUGACGUACCAGGGAUCCAACGACACCAUCAAGGCUAUAUGGAAGUGUAAUGACAACGAGAGUGAAAUUAUGAACUACGAGUGGGCGAUAGGCACAGCGCCAGGAGGAGAGGAGUUGCAGACAUUUGUAGGAACUGGGGAGUAUCCUGGAUCGAUGAACUCCGGACUUGAGGGCCUCCUGGAACACAACACGACAUACUACGUGACCGUCAGAUGUACCAGCGGGGGAGGGCUGGUCACAACAUACGCUGAUCCUAGAGGUGUGACCGUUCUGCUUGAACCUCCCCUUGUUGAUGAUGUCAACACGACAAUAGUGGGUGCUGAAUCCCUUGGAGAGAAAGUGGUGCCGCCAAACUCCAUGAAAACCAAAGACAAAAACACCGUGGGUGCUUCCUGGACGGUGUCUGCAGAUGAGAGUGUCAGGCGAUAUGAUUUCUGUGUGGGGAGUUCCGAGGCCAGCAUCAGUGACAUCUUCCCCUGCACGUGGGUCGGCUACAACACGUCGGGGACGGUUUCAGUGGCAGAUGGUUACCUUAAACUAAACGGCCGCAAUAUCUACAUGCUGAGUCAGUACAAGCAAGGCUAUAAUGCCUCGGUACCCGGCACCACGGACAAGUCAGCCUUCACCAUGGCUCCAGGCACAGAGAUGUUCAUCUUCAUGAAGAUGUGUAAUGAGGCCCAGCUGUGCACGACCAAGUUGCUGGGCUCCACCAUAGUAGAGACAGACAAGUCCACGAUGGCGACGUCGCCUGAUGGUUCUGCCGUCACUGUAGAUGUUGGGGGUGGUGCGAGGAGGAAGAGGGACAUUUCAGGAGUAACGGUAUCAACGCCAGAUGGGUUACAAGUCGGUCAGAGCAUUGUGGUCACUCAGCUCACGAAGCUUGACCUGGAGACAGAAUACAAGUCUGACGCCUCUGUGGAGUUUGUCCCUUACAUCACUGACCCAUCUACAUCAACCACAGAAGAUGCCUUCACCGACAGAAUCCUCAGAAAGAGGCUCAACUACCAGGAAACAUACCUCUCCUUCUCUCUCACGAGUGUUGGUAAUCUUCCCAUGCCAGGACCGGUGAGCGUGACCUUCACCUAUGACCCCACGGUCACCAACACAACCUUGAUGCUGCUUCACUGGAAUACUGAUGCCCGACAGUGGCAACAGAGCAACAAGACCUGUCACCAUGAAACAGACACAGAGGUCAGAGACCCCGUGACUUCUCAGGUCACGGUCAAAGUUUGUAACACAAGGUCGACACCAGACAGCAGCAGUUCCAGACGUCGGCGAUCUGUGUCUGACACGUACUUCAGACACCCGACCCAGUUCCUACUGACUUCAGCUUUGACAGAGAUACCAAAUUCACCUCCUCAGCUCACCAGCACCACGUCUCUUGUCAUGCAGGAAGACCAGGGUACAAUCGUAUACCAGAUGACGUCCACAGACGCCAAUGGAGACGUGGUCAAGUACAAGAUUACUGACAACUUCGCUGUGGCUGAUUUAGAACUGACGCUGUCAGAGGAUGGAUUGAUGACAUAUACACCUGCUACCAACUACUACGGAUCAGUAGAGGUCCCGGUAAUUCUUUAUGAGGUGCCUCAAGCUGAGAUACCACCGGCUGAAACGGCAGUAAACAUCAGCAUCAUCAUCACCUCCGUCAACGACGCCCCAAGCGCCUUCAUCUUCAGUGAUGGAGUCAGCCUCCUUCACGAAGAUCCGGCCCAUCCAGUCCUGGGUAAUUUGCUGGAGGAGGUACGAGUAAAUGACAGCAACCCUACAACAUACAGAUGGGAGUUCGGUGCGUACGACGUUGACGUUGACGACAACAUGACCAUCUACUACACUCAACCAUCAAGCGGGAACCUCACCGUCGGCAACGUAAACACCGUGGUGCCCUGCUCAUACAAUACGAGCGGCAUCCCCUGUGACAGGCUCAACCUCCCCCAUCCUCCUGACUCCCUCAACUGGGUCUACGGGACCUUCCAGUACCAACCUGACCCUGGUUACCAUGGUUACGAUGAGAUCCGUGUAUACGCACAGGACCAUGCAGGGGUAUACUCGGAUGUCAUCACUAUCAAAUCAACUGUUAUGGAGAGGCCAUGCGCGAAUGGAGGAACAUGUAAAAGCAAGAAUGAAAGCUUGUACAACUGCACCAACUACCGCCGUGCUGAAGGUUUUGACCUCUACUAUGAGUGUGCGUGCGCACCUGGCUGGACCGGCAUUCAUUGUGAGGAUGACCUCAACGAGUGCAGCAGCUCUCCAUGUUCCUGGCCUCGUUUCCACUGGUCCUUUACAGUGUACAUGAUCAUCCGACCUAAGGGAUCCAGAACACCCAAUGAAGGCUUUAGUGAUGAUUUGAGCGGAAGUGAGAAAAGCCAUAAGGCAAGAGUCCUAACCAGUGAGCCACAUCUGGGAGAGGCAAACAUCCGCUUUGUCCACUCCAGACAUCAACUGAUUCGUCCUGACUUCGUUCGCGGUGCAACAACGGCCCGGCCCAGAACACCAGUCGAAGAUUACGAAGAAAGACCAAGCAGUUCAUCCUCUCUUAUCAGGGGCAAGUCUCUGGUCAGAAGAAAUUCACGCCGUGUUGCCCCCGGCCCCGAACCGGAACCAGACCAUGAUCCAUAGAACUCCAGAAAUCUUUACACUGUAGAUAGUUGUCUUUCAGAAAAUGCUCAAACGAAUUGUUUCCUCUAUAACAUGUGCCCUGCAAAUGGUUGAUUUAAAAUAAAGGUUAAUUAACUCAAUGUCGAUAGAAAGCAGUUAAUUAAAAAAUUAAAUCCCCAGUCUAAUAAUCUAAUUACAAGGGCUUUCAUUGAUGGAAACUGCUGACAGGAUGUCAUCGCUACAUGAUAUAUGAUUGUUGGCCGUGUGUUUCUAUUAAUUAAAUCUCACAGAUUAUUCUGCUGUUGUAACAAAGUUUAAAUUAGCGUCUAGACACGCAUAUAACUCGAGCGGACAGUGGAAAGUUGAAUAUGAACUUUGUUGAAGUUACAAAAAUUAAAAACUUGUAUAUUUUAAUCCGUUUAAGACGGUUAUAUUAAAUAUUCUCUUUCAAGAUCAACGCUGCAGAUGUUACUGGCAUUUAUCACAACCGAACACGCACCAGACAUGAAUGUAUUAAUAUAUCGCAUAAUUGUACUUUUUAAUAUAAUAAUUGUAUUUUAUAUAUUUUUCUCCAAAAUAAAUAUU